UCGUCUUCACAACACAAACAUGGCUGAUCAUGGAUUUAAAAGAAAAAAGAGGGAACAACUCCAUGAGAAAAAACAAGAAAGUGAGGAGCAACCUGACGUCGAUGAGAAUUCCCCAGUCAUCCAAUCAUUCCGGCAGUAUCGAAAAGAGCUGGACUAUAAACAUGACAAAUAUGAAAGACUUGUGAAGCUGAGUCGUGAUGUCACUAUUGAGAGCAAGAGGACAAUUUUCUUACUACAGCGGCUAGCUGGGAAAGAAGUAAACAAAGCUGGCAUCCUCGAAGAUGCCUUGAAGAAACUAAAAGAGAUUCAAACAGAUAAGUUCAAGAAGAUUGCUCAAGAACUUCAUGGAGAGGAACCAUUCCAGUACACAAGGGCUUACUCACCAGGUAUGCAAGAAUACAUCGAGGCUGUAUCCUUCUACAAAUACAAUAGAGAUGAGACCCUUGUAAGCAUGGAUGAGGUUCAAGCUGAUUUAGUCUUCACGGAGACGGUUAAAAUGCAAGACAUGGAUGUGGAGGAAGAGGACAACCAGGAAACAGCACAAGAUACGAUUACGUACACUGCCUUUGUUGCUCCUAUGGACUACAUGUUGGGCAUAGCUGAUUUGACGGGAGAGCUGAUGAGGUCUGCUAUCAAUUGUGUAGGGAAUGGUGACCUUGAUAAACCUUUCCAAUUGUGUUGUUUCAUGAGACAGAUACAUGAUGCGUUCUUAUCGUUUGGGGACAUGUCCCGGGCGCUCCCACGGAAGAUGAACGUGUUGAGGCAGAGUUUGCAGAAAGUUGAGACUGCAUGUUAUACCCUCAAGGUUCGGGGUUCGGAGUUUCCUAAACAUAUGUUGGCAGAUAUAAUGAGAAACUUACAGGCUAAGCAAACCUUUCAUUCUGAUGAGCUGGAAUAUAAUAACGUGGAUGAUUAACUUUCUCACGGUUAAAACAAAACCCCACCUUCUCAAGUUUGGCAAAAGCUUCUUGACCAGGAUACUGACCUAAAUUCACUGACUCUAAAGACAGUUCACAACUUAUCCAUGGUACAUGGAAGACCAUGACAAGUAGGAAAAAGUUUGUGUCAUUUGAACAUAUUACCCAGUGGGCUUUGAAACGUCAAGCAAAUAUAUUGGGGGGAGCAGUUUGUGUUGUCCAGAUGUAAGGUGCAAAACUUGAACCACGUUUGAUUUCAACUUCAUUGGAUACUUGACGGGUUUGCUUCUCCAGGGACUGUUUGAUGAACACUGCACAAGUAAUCAAUGUACCCAAGCCAAAGAUUAAACGAAA